AUGUAUGCGGGUCAAUCAUGGAAUUUGAGCGAAGAAACAGUAUUGCUCAAUCAUCACUACCAACUUGGAGAUAUCAUCGAACGUGGUCCCUUAAGCACAGUUUAUCGUGCUGUACAUCGUAUAACUUCAAAGCUUUAUUCUGUGAAAAGUAUCAAUUUGCAAAAAUAUUCUAUCACUUCAGGAUUAAUCCGAACAGAUGUGGAUAAUGAAAUUGAAAUUUGCGCCGUGCUAAAACAUCCAUUCUUAUGUGAAUUAAAGGAUGUAAUAGCUGGUGAUAAAGCUGUUCAUAUGGUUUUUGAAUUUCUUGAUGGUGAUGAUAUAUGCUUUGAAAUUGUUAAACGAGCUAGUGCUGGUUUCGUUUACAGUGAAGCUGUUGCCAGCCAUUAUAUUAGACAAUUAAUGCAAGCAUUAGAAUAUAUGCAUAGCCAAGGGAUUAUUCAUCGUGAUAUUCGACCGCAUAAUGUUGUUCUUGCAAGUAAAGAUAAUUCUGCACCAUUAAAAUUGACCGGUUUUGGUGUUUCAAUUAAAUUACCUACUCCAACUGCAACUAUUCGAGCUGGUCGUGUUGGUGUAUCACAUUUUAUGGCACCUGAAGUUGUAAGUAAUGCGGAAUAUGGUACAAAAGCUGAUAUGUGGAGUGCUGGUGUAUUACUUUAUAUACUCCUUUGUGGACGUUUACCAUUUAUUGGCACACGACACGAUAUCUAUGAGGGUAUCACCGAAGGAAGAUAUUCGCAUCAUGGUGGAACAUGGCAACAGAUUAGCGAUUCAGCAAAAGAUUUAUUAAUCAGAUUGCUCACCGUUAAUCCAAAUAAUAGGAUAUCUGCAGAAGGUGCCUUAAAUCAUGAAUGGUUACGUGAACGUAGUCGAUAUGCACCACGUAGACAUUUACAAAAUACUGUGGAACAAAUUCGAAGGUAUAAUGCACGUCGAAAAUUAAAAAGCAAUAUAUUAUCGGCUGUAAACAACGAGAAAUGGUCUGAAGGAUAUGAUUCCUUCAAUGAUGUAAACAUAAAUGAUACCGCAUUUGCAACAUAUUCACAUAUUGCCGUUAGUGGUGAUCUAUUACCUGGUGGUGAUACAUGUGAUGCGGAUGGUUGUACAAGGCGUGGUCCGGAUCAAGUAAUACCGAAAGAUUUGUCCGGUGUUGAAAAGAUUUUAAAAUCAUUGGAUCAGAUUGCUACACUUGUGGAUACAUCCUUUAAUGCUGAAAUUAUGAAUCCAUCGAUAAUAAAUUCAUCGCUAGAAAAUGCUGAUUUAAAAACAAUCCUAAUGGUAAUAUUCGAGAAAAUUAAACAGGUAAUAUUCAAAAAUGCAGUAAAUGAUAUGUGA